CAUACCCAUGGGUAUAACAGUGGGUAUAGAAGUUUGUAAAGCAAAAGUGGAAGCAGAAAUAUUACAAUCAUAUCCACACGAUCACCAAACUGGUAGCAGAAAUAAGUAAACAAACUGAAUAGUGCGCAGAGAACAGUCUUUUGUUAGUGUAAACAGACAAUAUGGAUGACAGUGAAAGUUCAUGCAUACGGAGAAGAAAAUUAUGCGCUGUCGUAGCAUUGACAUCAACACUUGCGAGAGAAAAGUCACGAUGUAAAAUUAAACGUAGGGCACGACAAUGGUGGACAAAACCUUGGCUCCAGAAACGAGAUGAAGGAAAUGGCCACGGCAUGUUGUCUUUACUCCGGAAUGAAUUGAGGCUAUAUGACACCGAGAGUUUUAGAAACUUUGUGCGAAUGAAUGGGGCUCUUUUUGACGAAUUGUUGGGACGAGUGUGUCCCAUCAUUCAGAAGCAGAAUACAGUAAUGAGGGAAGCCAUCAAGCCCCGUGACAGGCUGGCUGUCACCCUUCGGUAUUUGGCAACAGGAUGCACAUACAAAGACUUGCAGUACUCGACAAGAAUUGCGGCAAGCACACUUGGUGUCAUCAUACCAGAAACAUUGCAGGCAAUUUAUGACACAAUGAGGGAUGAAUGCAUCAAAGCGCCAGAUACUCCCGCUGAAUGGGAAGUGGUUUCUAAUGGUUAUCACAGCAUGUGGCAACUGCCUCACUGCAUUGGUGCCCUUGAUGGAAAACACAUCAACUUCAGACCGCCUCGAAACAUGGGCUCUUUCUUCAGGAAUUACAAAGGGCAUGACAGCAUUGUACUGUUGGCGCUUGUUGAUGCAGAAUACAAAUUUUUGUAUGUAAAUGUAGGAGUCAACGGCCGCAUGAAUGAUGCUGGAGUCUUUCGUGAGAGUGACCUUUCUGAAGCAUUACUUGGUGGGACUCUCAAUUUGCCCAAAAGCCGUCCACUGCCUGGAAGAGACUUGCCUAUGCCAUUUGUAAUAGUUGCUGACGAUGCAUUUCCACUUACACAAAAUAUAAUGAAGCCCUACCCAGACAAAAAUCUUUGUCAGGCCAAACGCAUUUUUAACUACAGAUUGUGCAGAGGACGUCGUGUGGUUGAAAAUGCAUUUGGUAUGAUGUCGAAUAAAUUCAGAAUAUUGCUGUCAACACUUCAGUUACCAGUUAAGAAAGUGGAGUUGUUGACAGCAGUAUGCUGUAUUUUGCAUAACUUCAUUCUGUUGCGAAAGAAUGUGCAUUACCUUAAGUCAUGUGUUGCGGAAGACACUGCUGAAAUUGACGAUUUCCUGCCAGUACUGCAAGGCCUUAGCCAACAGGGUGGAAAUCACCACAGCAGAGGGGCAGCAGCUGUUCGAAAUGAAUUCAGUGAAUAUUUCAGUGGUGUUGGAUCUGUUCCAUGGCAGGAUUCUAAGGUAAGGCUAAAUCAGUGGUAGGAAUUCUAUUCUUAACUGUCAAAGAGAGAGGCACAUCCAAAAUAAAUAAGUGAAUAAAAAUAAAUAAAUACAAUAAUGUUAUUUAUUUACUUCUUCACAUAAUUUCUAAUCAUUCUGUAACAGCUUUGUGAUCUUUUAAGUAUUUUACCGGUAAUUUUACUUUCGUAUGGUAGGUUAGGUUAAGUAAGCAAAAUCUGUAAUACUGUAAAAUCUUGUGACUGGUAGGUUUGUUCAGAUUCGCUACAUUAUAAAUAAUGUAUAAUAGUGUGGAGAGGUUGGCAGGGUUAACUUAACAUUUAAAAUACUGCAAAAUUGAAGCAAAGGUCGUUUAGGUUAGGUUCGUGACACUUAAAUUUUUAUUGUGGGACGAUUACCUAAUUAACACCGAAAGAAACAGACUGAUUAUCAUGGUUUAUUAUUUUUUAUUUUUAGAGUGAACACUGAGUGAUGCUAGUUGAGUGGAAUAACUAUGAAGUUAUUUUUAAUUUUGGAGGCAUUAAUGGCAAAUUGCCUAAGCUAAAAUAGGUUAUGUUGGUGGAUAGAAAGAAAACAAAAUAAUUCAUGAUAAAGCACUUAAAAAUGCAGAGGUGUAGUAGGUAUCGGAUGAGGCAAAACAAUGGCAGAGAGCAAUGAGCCAGUGGGGCAAAAUGAGCCUCGGAUGAGAUGCGAGAAUUGCAUUAGAGUAAGCCUCUAACUUGCGAGAAGUGACGGGAAUUGCGAAAUAUUUUUAGUUUUCUCAAUUUUUCUGCAGUGGCCAAUCGACCGUCAAGUAAUUAAUACGUUCUUCGAAUUCACUGAUAAAAAUAUCGCAAUAUAAUUUUUUUAUUUUGAAAUAGAAUAUUUAUUCAUUUCAUACAAUACGUUUACAUUCAGCGUGAUGGAAAUUCAUGAAACAAACCCCUGGUGGCUGUAGUCGCAAAUUUUUUGAUGUGUCCCUCUCCAAGUAAAUUACCAUUCUGUUACAAUUUCUUGCAUUUGGUGUUUUGAGUGUAGCAAGAGACAAACUAUUAAAGAUUUGGCCACACAGAAAGUUACACUAUGUCCGCAAUGUUCAUUGUCAGGAGGUAGUUAAGCCUGUAUUCCACGAUGGAAGUUUCCUUGCAAGGUCUUCCAUACCAGCUGUUAUGGAUUAUUCUGAGGUAGAAUUAGCAGAGCAUUGGCCGGUUUCAUGGAAGUUUUUGUAAUUGGCCACGUUCAAAUUUCUGUAGGUUUCGUAGACGGUGGGAAUUUUAUUCAAUCAGAAUGACAUAGUAAUAUACCCCUGGUGUUUAAAACAGUAAUUCAUUUAGGAGGGAUUGAGAUGUUUUUAGUAGUGGUGAAUACUUUUAUAUUCAUAUUGAAGAACAUAGUUACAAUAUGUGUUUCGCAAAACGUUUUGCCAGUUGAUGGUUUUGAUGAUGUACUUGUAAAUGCUCCCCAAUUCUUUUUUAAAUUUAUUUUUUUAAGUAAAUGAGAGUAUUCAAAGUGUAUUUUUAAAUAAUCAAGUUGCCGGACCGUGGGCCCUAUUCUCGACGCUGCCGGAAUAAUUCCGGUAGCGGAAUGAUCCUCAAGUUUCAGCCCGGUAGAUAACUAAAUGUCAAUUCUUGAAACUGCUAUUGUAACUACCGGAAUCAACAUUGUCGGUGUUUCGAAAUGUCUUUAUGGAAGUGUGGCAACGUUUAAUUUUGUGUUGACGUACCUGGUAGAAGGCCAAUCACAAAGAGGGAACGGUCUUUUGUUAUGAAAACGAAUGAAGUGUUUUCGUUAUAUUCAUAUCUUUUCAUUAGUUGAUGGACAUGGAGGUUAUGUAUGUAUAUAAAUACUAGUAAUAAUUAAAAAUGAAUUUUAUGACUUGACUUACAUGAAAACAACUGCGGAAAUACCUAUAGUAUGUUGUGAAAUCAACAACUUCAUUUCAUGUAGUAAAAAGUACUACUAACACAUAAAUAUUUACAAAAAUAUUUACAAAUUCAUGUGCAAUUUUAGUUAGAAUUAAAGAUUCUUAUCACUUAAAAAUACUCGUUUGUUAGUUAUUGUUUCUGCUUACUUGUUAGAAUUUAGAAUUGUUAUCACUUGAAAAUACUCGGUUUUUAGUGUAGUAUUGUUUAUGCUUACUUUACCAUAACUUGUUAUGUGUUUGUGUAUGAAUUGAGGUGAAAAUAAAUUUUAUGCAGUGUUUCUUGAUUCAGAAAAUAAUUUGUGAAUGUGUACAUUGAGAUUUCUAUAAUAAAUGCAAGUCAGUAGGCCUACAAAAUUAUACAAUUUUAUGGACAGCUUCUUGGCAAUUAUUUCAGAGAGAAAGUUAGUAAUUGUUUGCUGUAGUGGACUUCUUGAAAACAAUCAAAUAUAUUCAUCCAAAAAAUCUUUCAACUAUAUAAUUGUUUGCUGUAGUGGACUUCUUGAAAACAAUCUUAUAUUUUAAUCAAAAAACCUUUCAACUAUAUCUUCUUUCAUCAUUUAUUUAAUAAUACUUUAUGGGUUUUCAUCGAUGUGUUGUUUUCAAUCAUAUUUUCUACAUGUAGGAAUAUUGGCUCUGUAUGCAAGAUAGGGAUGGGUCAAUAUGAUAACCUUUAUUGUCACAAUCACUUCUAUUUGAGGAAAUUUCAUGUAUAUGUGGACUCAUUUUGAGUACAUUUCAAUUCUGGGAUUGAUGUACUCUAAGAAUGCAUGUGCAUAACCUAACACUAGUUAUGUUCCAUCAAAACAUUUCUUUAUAAGUUAAUUUGUGUUUAUUCGGAGUAUUUCAUUUUAAUGUAUUGUUGACACGUGUGUAUCUUGAUAGUGCUGUGCUUUAAGUUUUUAUGUUACUGUAUUGCUUAUUUGUAAAAUGUUUUUUAAUUAUAGAAUUAACAUACUUUGCAAGACUGGUUUUUUAUUUAGUGUUCUGUAUACGUAUUUGCUAAUUAUUUCCCAUCAGAAUGACUAAAUUGUUUUUAAUACUAAGUUCUACUGUAUGAGUUAUACAUAGUUCCUCAAUAAAACAUUAUUUUAUGUAAAAAUUAUCAACUUGAUUGUUGUUAUUGUUGCUGGUUGUUGUAUAUAUUGUGGCAUUACCACUUUUGCAUUUUAAUGUGAACUUACGUUAAGAGGUUAAGUAAAAGGUAUGACCUAAUAUUGUAUUGCAUGUAUGUAGUUAUCGAGUGCUUGCUAAUAUUUAAUGUGUAUCGUGUUUGUAAGUUUUCUUAUGAAUAAACACAAAUUAAUUACAACAUAUAUGUAUUUUAUUACUUUCAACUCUAUGGAAUGACAUUUUAGUAUCUUGGUAAUAACUAGGGACACCCGUAUUUCGCGAAUACAAUUCGUGUCAAGGUAUUUCACAAAGCACUGUAGCUUUUUCUUAGAGUAUUGGCGAAUAGUGACCGUCCAGCACUACGGUACUCACAUUUCCAUUGGCUCCGUCAAGGGCGGGACGACACCUUUCACCGACCACAACCAAUAAAAUAUAAGAAAAAGCUACAGUGAUUUAUAAAAUACCUUAACAUGGAAUGUAUUCGCGAAAUAUAGGUGUCCCUAGUAAUAACGCUUCCAUUAGUUACACAUUAAUAUUUGGACCGAUUACACAUCAGUAAUGUAUAACGAAGCACAAACUUGGUAUUUAAAUCACCUAUGCACAAACCAAAUUUUGUCUAACAUUUGCAUGCAAAAUUAAAAAUUCUGGAUACAUAAAAUGAGUAAUUAAAUCUUGUUAUUCAAACUUGGUUUGUUUAAACUAGGUGGUACCUGGCAUGUUGCUGCCAAAGAAGAAUUAAUUAUGUAAAUGUUUAGAAUUUGGAAGCAUUAUCUAGUUUAACUAGGAAUGAUAAAAUAUUUAUUUUCUUGUCAAUAAUGAAUACAUUAUAUGAAAUCCUAUGAUAUGUAAUAUUUGUACUGUCCCUAUAACCUUCAACAAAUGCAAGCAUUCUGUUGACACAUGUUUAUUGCAAUCGGAUUAAAGAGAUGGUAGCACAUAAAACACUAACAAACAAGCGUUGAUUUUUAUAUAUUAAAUUUAUCUGCCAGGCAUUAAAUGUUGCAGGAUUAAGUAUCCAGCUUUUAUUUUGUUAAUAACAAUAUGUUUUGUAACUGAGAGCAUAUAAUAUUUUAACACUUAUUUGAAAAUAUAAAUAAUUGUAGUAUCCGUACUUAUUAUUUUGUUAGCUGUUUAACAGGAUUAUUGAUUGCAGAAGGAUAAAUAUAAAUAAUUUAAUACAUUAAACAAUUUGACCCCAGUGGUUGUAUUCUUGGAUCAUAUAUUGAGGGAAAUAUAAAAGCCAAACAAUGGGCUGGAAAAUUCAAUACCAAAACAGAAAAUACUUUCAUUAUAUAAACAGAGAUAGUUUAAUGUUCUCCAAACAGAAAAUUUUCUACGAGCACAAAUAUGUAGUGGUGUGAAUAUGAUUGAUAGUAUCUAAAACAUAAACAAAAACCUACAUAUAUUAAGUAUUUGGCUUUUUAUGUUACAAAAUAAAACCAUUGCUUUUUUAUAUGAAUGAUCACCUCAAUUUAUGCCCAGUAAUGAUUAUUAUUCAGUU